UUCCUUCAUUUUAUUUCAUUGUCUGUGGCUGAUCAUAACCUACAUCUCCAGUAGCUUUUGAUAAAAAAUCUGUUUUAAUUUCUGAAAAUCUAAUUAAGUAUCUUGAUAUUUUGCCCAAAAUGGCUAAGCCAGCGGACGCAGAACUUCAAAAAGCAUUAGUGAAGAUGGUUGAGACAAGUAAGAAGACUAAACUAAUAGAUUCUCAAAUUGCUGUACUGAAAAGAGUCGUAACUCAUCUUGAUUUAACCAAGGGGGAGAUCAACGCGUUACCUGCCGGCACCAAAACUUACGAGUCUAUUGGCAGAAUGUUUCUCCUGACUGAUUUGGAGGAAGUUAAAACUAAUCUCAAGAAUCGUGAAGCACAAUUGUUAUCACGAAGGGCAGAACUAGAGAAGUCCAAACAGUAUCUGGAGAAAAACUUGAAAGAAAGUCAAGAUAAUAUUAGAGAAAUGGUCCAGCAGCGAAAAGAACUGGAGCAGGGUGAAAAACCAAAUUAAUUUGGUUUCCGAUAACCACAAUUUAUUAAGCUUCUUUCUAAUAUUAAUCAAUGUUCUCAUUAUGUUAUUUUAAUGCAGGCUUGAUGUAUUAAACUAAUUUAUUUGCAUUGAAAUUUAUAUAAUAAACUGUAGGUACACUGUAUGUACAUGCUUGCAAUUUUGUAUUAAAAGAAUUAAACUAUGUGGUAAGGAAA